AAUUAAAAAGCAAAAUUUUUUCUAAAAUGUAAAUCUAUCAUAAAUUCAUAUUUGUAUAAUAAUUCAGGAAAACGAAAAAGACAAAGUGAUAUUAGUUCAUACAAUAUAUGAACCAAAUUGAAAAAUAUUAUAAAGGAUGUUUUGUUUUGCUUGAGUUUUCGAAUCGGCAUUGUUUACCUUGACCUAUAAACAAAAGUUGACCCUGCAAUAUGCACUCGGACCACGACGAAUCAGUAACCCCCAAGAAGAAACACGAUAAAGCUGACACAUCUCCAGAUGUUUCAGUUAGAAUCGAAAAUUCAGAUCCUGGAAGUGAUAAAAAAGCUGAAAGUAAAGACGCCAAGCCACGUAUUGUGUUGACGUUCCGUUCUGAAAAGUCUGGAGCGAAAAAUAGCAACAUGAAAAUCGUUUCUACAGAAGAGAAACACGAAGAAGUUUCACCAAGGCGAUCAAAUAGAAAUCGUUGCACAAAAUGGGAAUCUGACGAGGACAAUGAAACUUUAAGUAGUGCUAAGAAAAGCCUGAACGUUAGUCAGUCAGUGUCAGAAAAUGAUGAAACUUCAGAUAGUUCACUAGCUACACCUAAGCGGUCAACAAGGCGUCGUAGCAAAGAGUUUUCGGAAAAUGUACUAGCUAAUGCUAUAGCCAGAAAAGAAAAGUCCUAUAACGAAACGCUUUCAGGUCCAACACAAAGAUUGUCAAGGAGAAUUAAACCUACUGCUAAGAUAUUAGCUAAUGAAGAGCUAAGAAUGGGCCUUGAGUCACAAAACAAUGCACGACUUGGUUUACAACCAGAGAAGACUGCAGAAGAGGGUGUCAGAACUAGGAGGUCUGCUCAUUCAAAGAAUUAUGAUGCAGAGAGUGCAGUGGUUGAUAAGAAGGCAGUAAAGCGUCAUAAGCCUUCUGAAGAUAUAAAACAAGACAAGUCAGAGGAAGGGGAGAAUUCAUCAGAUUCAAAAGUUAAACAUUUGUGUAAACUUGGCUUAAAGGCCAUCAAUACUACCCCCAAUGAACACCAACCCCAAGAAUCAAGCAACAGACGCAGAGAAGAUGAAGAAAAUGAAGCUGAAGCCAUUGAAGAAGAUGAAGAAAUUGAUGAUGAAUCAGAGGUGAUCAGUAAAUUACUGGAGGCUGAUGAAGAUAGCAGUGAUGAAGAUUUCUUAUAUCCAGCUGGUGGCAAUCCAACAGAACGACCCAGGCGCUCCACUAGACUGUGUUCGUCAUAUGGCAACGAGAGUGAUCAGUCGUCAAUGUCUAUGGGAGAUGAUGAGAAUAAGGCACCACCGCGUCGGUCGUCUAGACUCAGAUAUAGUUGCAGUGAUUUUUAUGAUCGUGAUGCAGCGGGUCCAGAGGACGGUGAAGAAGCAGCGUACCCUCCAGAAGAGUAUCCAAUAGUUGCAUCCUGCAACUGUGAGGCUUCCAGCAAUAUGUAUGCUGCCCCUGAUGAACUUACUGAGCCGGUGUUCUGCCAGGCGAUCGACAGUGUGGACGGUGUACGCGUGGGAUGCUCGCACAGUGCGGCGCGACGCGGUGGUGAGCUGCAGCCGCUGGUGCGCGCCGGUCCGCGCACGCCCUACCUGCUCGCCUGCCGCCAGCACACUGCGCAGCUCAGGAAGCACAUGUGCUGCACUGCCUGCGGUCUAUUUUGUGCUCAGGGUAUCUUCUAUCAGUGUUCCCUGGGCCAUUUGUUCCACUUGGAGUGCGGCAUCCCGGGCUGCGAGCGUGGCGAGGGCAAGGCUGGUGGGGGCGGGGCCGGGGGCGUGUCCGCGGCGGCGGGACUGGGGUGCCCGCACUGCGGCGUGCACGCUGUGCUGUGGCAACCCGCUAACAAGGACUGCGCCAGAGUCAAGAUCGACAUGCACUGCAGUGGCAAGCGGGUCUAUCUACCUGAGCAGAGGGAGCAGUCAAUACCAGCUUAUAUAGGCUUUGGCGGGAUCAAUCCAGCUCUGAUCGAGCAAGGUCCUGUCAUACCCGAAGACCUGCUGCCGUCCCCUCCUAUAGAUCUGAAGAGGCUGUGCGAGGAGACCGUCACCAUGGAAGAGGAUGAGCCCAUUGAUAAAGUGGAACUACUACAUGACGCCAUUAUAGCUGGAGAGCCUCCAGAGCAGUUAAUACCUAAAAUUGUGUCAGCAAAGGGCGAAGGUCUGGAGUGUGCGCUGGGCGUGGCGGCGCGCUGGGGGCGGGUCGCGGCCGUAUACUUGCUGCACUUUGCUGGCGCCAAGCUGGACGCACUCGACGCUGACAACCGCACGCCCCUGCACAUCGCUCUCACUGCGCUGUUAGAUAAAUCUAAACCCACCAAGAGUAAGAAUGAGACUAUUAAAAAUGACGAAAAGCCAGAAACAAUGGAAGUAGAUGAAAAGAAUGAAAGUAAAGAAGAUAAAGAAGAAGACAAAGAAAUUAAAGAAGUAGAAGAAGAAGAAAAUGAUGUAGCUGAAAGUGACGUCAACAAGCCGAGUGAUGAAGAUCUCAUGAAGGUUAUAAGAUAUUUAAUAGCUGCGGGAUGUGAUGUUAACCUUCCGGGUCCGGAUGGUAUGACGGCACUGCACGUGGCGGCCCAGCACGGCGGGCUGGCGGCGUGCCGGCUGCUGCUGGAGGAGGGGCGCGCGCUGGUGGAUGCUCGAGACCACGGCGGCUGGACUCCGCUCGUCUGGGCCGCUGAGAACAGCCAUCCUGAUGUCGUCAGCCUGCUGCUGGAGUGGGGCGCGGACGCGGCGGCACGCGACGCGGAGGGCAACGGCGUGGUGCACUGGUGCGCGCUGCACGGUGACGCGCGCUCGCUGCGUCUGCUGCUGCACGCCGCGCCGCAUGCGCACGCGCACACAAAUGCGCACGCAGACACGCCCCUACACGUCGCAGCUCGACAAGGUCACUAUGCAUGUGUCGUUAUGCUACUUGCUCGGGGCGCGAGGACGGACUUGGAGAACUCAGCGGGCGAGCUGGCGGUGGAGGUGUGCUCGGGUCAGUGUCAGACCGCCAUCUCCCUCAACAUGCAGAUGGCACUCGCCGUAUCCGAUAAGCCCGUCCGCUGCAGACUGCUAUGCAACGACAUAUCGAAGGGACGCGAGCCGUACCCUGUGCCAUGCAUCAACGAGGUGGACGAUACGGGGGCGCCUGACGACUUCACGUACGUGACUCGUCACGUCACGCCCACGCCCCUGCAUCUCGACACCGCGCUCGCCACGCUGCAGGGUUGCAGAUGUCAUGGUAGUGAGUGCGCGUCGGGCGAGUGCGCAUGCGCAGCGCUGGGCGUGCGCGCCUGGUACCGCGCCGGCCGCCUGCCGCGCGCCUUCCCUUACCACGACCCCCCCAUGCUGUUUGAAUGUAAUCAGACCUGCGCCUGCAACGCGCGUACAUGCGGUAACCGCGUGAUAUCGCGGCUGCAACAGUUAGGCUCGCUGGGCGCCCGCGUUGCCGUGGUGCGCACGGCGCGGUGCGGGUGGGCGCUACGUACGCUGCAGCCGUUGCCCGCCGGCGCGCCCACCGCGCUAUACUGCGGCGAGCUGCUGCCGCACACCGCCGCUGAUGCGCGCGCGCACGACCAAUAUAUGUUCGCGCUAGACCUCAAGCAGGAUCUCCUCGAUGAUGGCGGCGGCGGGGGUGAGAAAGGGAGCGAGGGCGCGGAGCAGCUGUGCGUGGACGCGGCGCAGUUCGGCAGCGCGGCUCGCUUCAUCAACCACAGCUGCAGGCCCAACCUGGCUCCUGUGCGCGUCUUCACAGACGUACGCGACCUGCGCCUGCCUAACGUCGCUCUUUUCGCGCUUAGAGACAUCGCCGCCGGCGAGGAGCUCACUUUCGACUAUGGAGACAAAUUUUGGUCUGUUAAGUCCAAGUUCAUGAAGUGCGAGUGCGACGCCCCGGACUGUAGAUAUCCCACAAAGUCUACUGAAGAAUAAAUAUGUACUUUGUAAUUGUCUCUUCAAAUAUCUUGGCCUCCCAAGGUCAUCAACAUGCUGUGUAAAACUGUAUUAAGAGCGGCCAAGAUAUCUAAAAAUAUUUAUAGCAGCUUUUUUUUAGUAUUUUAAGCACUAUUUUUUUCUUGCUUUGCAAAUAUUAUGUCUGUGAAAUCAGUAUUUAUUAGCUUUGUAAAUAUUUAUAUCGAUUCUCAUCACAAAUUAUAAAUUAGAGAAA